UGUUCGCUUUGGUUCGCUUGUAAUGCGAGGCGUUCGGUAAUAAACACGAUACUCCUCUCGUCGACUGGGUCGAGAAGAGAUCAUUCCUUAAUAACGAAAUGUCAAGGCAUGAAUAACUUUUAGGCCGCAACCGCAAAGGAGAUUAAACUUCGAUGAAUCCGGACAGUAAUGCUAAUGAAAAGACUAGUAAAAUAUGAUGUCAAGAUAAUCUAAGGUAUUAAUCGCAAAGAGAUGCGGAGGGACGUUCAAGCGAGUUUAGGCAAAAUACUUCGACAAGGAAAACCACUUUGUUUGUAAUAAACUUCGUUUCAUCGAAUAUUUCGUACACUUUGAUAAUAAUAUCUUUGAUAAUAAUACUUUGAUUAUUAUUAUUAUUAUUAUUAUUAUAUUAUCAAAGUAUGCGAAGUAUUCGAUGAAGCGAGGUUUAUUAUAAACAAGAUGGUUGUCCAACUUGUUUAUAAUAAACCUCGCUUCAUGUUGUUGUUCAACUUGAUGGAAAACCAUCUUAUCUUCAGAUUACAUCGCCAAGAAGUGAACUUAGUUUGUAAUUUUUCCUUAAUACACUCUUAUAUCAUCCAUACCGCCUACAAUUUUUAUGCUUAUUACUACCUAUUCUUCUUUGUUCUAAUAUAGUCUUUCUCUCACCACAAUUUCCUCAACAUAUUUUGUUUUACAUUAUCCAAUUCAUCGUUCCAUACUCUUUUCAAUAUUUCUCUUUUAUUUCUAUCUAACUCCUUAAACCAAUCCUUAGUCCUAUAACACUUUUCCACGUAAUGGCUAAUACAAUUUUUUCCUUGUCCGCAGACACAUAACGUUUUUCCUUCUCUCUAAACAAUAUUUAUUCCCCUCUUCCAUAUUUCCACAUCUCAUUCUUAUCAAUGCUCUUAUAUCAUCUCCCUUAUAACCAUCUUGUUUGUAAUAAAUCUCGCUUGGGAUAUCAGAUAUAUGUACAAUAUAUGAGAUGUAUACAAUAUCGAUGACUGAUAGAGAAAAACGCUGGAAUCUAAAGAGGUCAGAGCGACAAUUCGCUUUGGGCGAUCGAUUCUUCAUCCGGUCGUAACUUUGUAAAGCGGAAGUAAACGACUCUUUACUUCUUCUUGGCAUUCGGCACGUUCUGCUUGGGUGAUGCCGACUCGGAGCGCGACCUCCGAGUGCGUUAUCCAUUAAUUUUCUGUAUCAUCAUUGGGCCAUUAAUUCUCCGUUCAAUAAAGUAACGCUCGCGAUACUUAACGGGCCUGAUAACGCCGAUAACGACCGGUCGUUAAUGCAUUUCGAACGAGGAGAGAGAGGGAGAAGAUGUUUCCUAUUCGAGGGGAAAGAAACGCUUUUCGUAAACGAAAUGUCCCAGUCGACUGAGCAUUAUUAAGGCCCCCGCACAAUGAAAAAUAUAAGGAACAAGGAACAGAUAUUAGCUAUUAGAACUAAGGAAUCAGAAAUAAAACUGGAUGCACAAUGAAAAACAGAGUGCUACACCAGCUUAUAUUCCUGAUUCCUUAGUCCUAAUCGCUAAUAUUUGUUCUCCUUGUUCCUUAUAUUUUUCAUUGUGCGGGGGCCCUUAGUUCCCGGAUCGGCGGUUAAUAACGAAAAGUUAUUCGGAUCUUCCGCGCGAUUGCGUUAAUGAUCGUGGAAUUUUUCCUCGAUUGCGUCACCUAUCCAGCAUCCGCUAAACACGAGAGGGGAAACGAACGAGUCCCUCUUGCUCUUUCUCUCUGUUUAUCAUUCACGUAAUGUAAUAACUAUGGUCAACCGGUUUAAACACUCUCGGAUUUUCGAUUCCAUCGAAGCGCCGACGCAAUCGAUUGCACCGAAGAAUUAAACUAGCGAAAGGAUUCCUAUUAAAAAAUGAAGAAACGUUCGCUUGCGCGCGUUUUAAAGAUUCGCGAAAGUUUAGGUCCAAAUCGUGGAUGUGUACUUUCAAUUUGUAUAAUAUUAAACAACCGGAUAAAUUCAAUUGAGCUCUGAGAAAUUUGUACAUAAACUCGUGCUGAGGAUUUUAAAAUGAGGAAAGGAAAAUUCAAAGAUCCAGAAAAACUGGCGUACGAGCUUGACACGUUUAUACCGUGCUGUAAAUUCUAAAUAAACGCAUGCAACAAAUCCUCGCCCCUUAUCUAAUCUUAGACAAACUUUGGGUGAAAUUACAACGUUUAAUAUUAUAUCAAGACAUAUAGGCCGAUGUUCAUAGUCAGAUCUUGUAUAUAAGAUCGUCAUAAGUUAAUCUGCAUGCAGAUACUCCGUAGCCAAUGAAGCGAAUCGUACAGUGUCUGAAGAUGAAUUUAAAAGAUGAUCUUAAAUAUAGCAUCUGACUAUGAAUACCGUCUUUAAUGUUUUCGCGUUGAAGAAAACGCAUUAACGAAAUUUGAUGAUGAAAGAUCGAUUUUAAAUCGAUCGUGGGACAUCCUCGUAAAUAAUAUGAAUUUCUCCUCGCGCGGGGCCGCGGGGGGGGGGAGGGCAACCCCUGGAGUUAACGUGGCGCGCAUCAGGGACGGGGGUGAGAGGGAAACGGAGCAGGGCGGUCAGGGGGUUAGAUUGCACGUGACGCGCGUGCGUGUCCUUGCACCGCGAAUCGCACGAGCCAGAUUGCCUCGCGUGCUUUUUUAGGACGGCUCCGGGUUAGUCGGCCGUAUACCCAUAUACCUAUAUACCGUGUGUACACAUAUUGUCACACAUGCCUGCGAUACUCCUCGGCUCGUGCCACGCAAGCGCGAUGCGCGCUGUAUGUAUGUACGCGAAGAGCGUCCGAAUGCGCUCAGCUCUCAAGGCCGCUGCUCGCCAACGCCGAUCGAAACGACCGCGACGAGGCGUCUUUCGCUCGCGGUCCGAGCCUGUCCUUCGCGAGUAUAGAGUAUUAUAUAGGCGUCCGCAGUUGUUACGAGCGAGUCUUGCAUUUUCUAAUGCCGGAUCAAAUUAAAUCACACUCGAGGCCUGUACUAAUCAGGAUCGCGCAUGCGCACACGGCGCGCCGUGCCGACAGGACUGUACUUGUAUACUGGCGCUUCGUGAGGUCCACGAUGCUAGAACUUGGUCCAAGUUCUCGGACCGAGGAAAAGUUACUAAAACUUGGAUCGUGGACACACUGAACUUGGAUGCAAAAUUGAUGUGUCCACGAUCCACGUUUCAGUAAUUUUAAUUUCUCUCGGUCCGAGAACUUGGACCAAGUUCUAAUAUCAUCGUGGACACUUGCCUUUAGAACGAUUGAUACUAAAUCUGUAUAAGCUGAUGAGACAAGAGUAAUUUGUUCCUUGUAACUGCGUCAUGUUAUAUGUUUUCUACUCUUGAAAUGAAAUAAUAAGUACAUUAUAUAAUUGAGCGAUAUAAAAAAAAGAGGAUGAAGAAAGUUUCGUUACAAGGAACAAAUAUAACUAUAAAUAAUGAUAAUUUAAUCGUUCGAAUAAAUUGCGUUACGAAACAUUAACAUUUAAAUCUGUAAAUCUGUUUUUUCAUAUACUCAAAAGCUUAGCAAAUCUGUUCGAUUUUCAUUGCUGUUCCUGUAUCAAAAACAAAAUUUGCAAAGUGUGCUACAAAUUUUGUAGAAUAUUACUUAGCAGAAAUAUAACAGAAUCUGCUAGCAGAAUACGAUCGACUGCAGAAAUAAUCGAGCAUCAGACUCUAUUAUUUUGUAACUAUUCAAAUGAUAUAAUAUUCCAUUUGAAUAAUUAUGAAAUCAGUCGCGCUGUUGUAUCUUUUUUCGAGAGAAUCAUCUUAUACUGAAUAAAUAUAAUUCCAAUUAUUGAGAUAUGACUGAUAUAUGAGUCCCCAAAUGUCGAGAAGAAAUUUGGAGACCAAUUUGACUACAGCUGUUGAUUUGUGUUUUUCACUCACAACGAUUCUUUAUCAUCGACGUACGUUUAUCUCUGCGUUCUUAUUUUUUUAUUUUUUUGUACUAUGUGUCUUUUGUUUUAACUAUUUAAUUUAUUAAUGAGUUAUUAAACUAUUUUUAUUUUUGAAUUUGACACCUCUCGUUUAUUUUGGCUUAAACUUUCUACAUUGUUUGGAGAUCACGCUUCGAUGCCAAAAAUGUCUUCAUAUUUUUGUAUUAUAUUUAUUGUUUUAAAAUUUGCAUGAUAUUCCGAUUAGAUAGCGAUGUUAGUGAUGUUACACAAGCAAAAUAAAAAAAGCAUUGAGUCUGACUAACGAAGAUUGGCAGGUUUAGAGAAUGAAGCGAAUCCUUUUUUAUUUAGGACACAGGGUAGGCCGUAGGCCUCUGGCACCCUAGAAACUCGAUACGAUCCUGACCUCUUCCUGCGAUACGUGUCGCAAUGUAUAAUAAUGCACAGCGAAUGGAAACUUCUCUAGGCCCGAGCACACGUGAGCUAGGCGAGGGAACGUUCGUGACGAAGGUUAUGGGAUAAUUGGGUAUCAUCGCCGGAGUUUCUCACUUGCGAGGAGUAUGGGAAACUUUGUGGGUGACAUCGUGAUAUGCCUGCUGCUACUGCUUUCAGUCAGCGUCAUAUUUGGAACCAGCGAGGUCAUAAAAUUGUUCACAAAUAAUGGAGAAGAAAUCUUCAAAACAUCUACAUACAAUUGGGUUAUUCGAUUGUGUUUGAAUUUAUUGGGAUAUGCCACUGUGCUGUUGCCGGGUUGCCUUAUAUAUAAAUAUGUACGAUAUACAAAGUACAUACAGAGAAGCGGGAAAGGCUGUAUUCCUAGACUGGUGCAUUCGUGCUUCGUCGGACACUGCGAGACAGGCCUUUUGGACUCACCGGUUUAUGCUUCUAAUGCUUCCACUCAUGUCCAGCGCACUUUUACUCAAGACGCCCUGCUCUUGCUGUAUUGUUUCUUUGGGCUGCAAUUUAGUUAUCUAACAUGGGGCUACUUGCAGGAAAAGAUAAUGACACAGGAGUACGAAGAUGCGUCUGGCAAUAAAGCACGGUUUCAAGAUUCGCAAUUCCUGGUAUUUGUGAAUCGCAUUCUUGCUUUCCUGAUAUCGGGAUUAUAUUUACUUAUUCAACGUCAGCCGCAACAUAAGACGCCAUUGUACAAGUAUGCGUUUUGCUCCUUGUCAAAUAUUAUGAGCAGUUGGUGUCAAUACGAAGCUUUGAAGUAUGUCAGUUUUCCAUCACAGGUUCUAGCUAAAGCUUCUAAAAUUAUCCCAGUUAUGUUAAUGGGAAAAAUAAUUUCGCAUACAACAUAUGAAUAUUACGAGUAUGUUACUGCGAUUCUCAUUUCUAUCGGAAUGACGCUCUUUAUGUUGGACAGUUCUGAUCAUAAAAACGAUGGGGCUACAACACUCUCCGGUGUUAUUUUACUGGGAGGUUACUUAUUAUUAGAUAGUUUCACAAGUACCUGGCAGAAUGCACUUUUUACAGACUAUGGUGUGACUAGCGUACAAAUGAUGUGUGCGGUCAAUAUGUUCUCCUGUUUGUUAACCGCGAUGUCUCUGUUUCAACAAUCGAGCUUUCCACUGAUAUUUUCUUUCAUGACGACGUACCCCAGGUUUAUAGUCGAUUGCUUGCUGAUUUCAAUUUGUUCGGCAAGCGGCCAGUUGUAUAUUUUUUACACUAUUUCGAAAUUUGGAUCCAUCACAUUUGUCAUUAUGAUGACCAUUCGUCAGGGUUUGGCAAUACUACUAUCAUGCUUGACCUAUCAUCACGAGUUCACCAUUGUUGGAGUAUUCGGUAUAUUAUUGGUAUUCGGCUCGGUAUUUUUACAAAUUUACUGCAACAAUCGAUUACGCGCGAUCAGAAGACGUAGAGCCGCGGCAAACAGUAUAAAACAUUGAGAGUUGUAUCGUUUAGAUACAAAUUGCAGAAAUGCAAUUUUAAUUGUCAUGAAGUAGAAUUCUAUCGACUGUUUAAUGUAAUUGCCAUAGAUUAGGGUAGAAUUCUGUCGUAGUAAUUAGAUAUUGACUGUAAUUGCGGAUGUUAAAUUUUAAUCCUUUAUUUGUAAUUAAUAAUCUCAUAAUCUUUCCGUAUAUUAUACAUCGCGAAUGCAUCUUCGAUAAUUUUAAUAGCUUUCGAGAUAGUAUGGACUUUGUGAAAUAUUUGUUAUAAGUUUUAUAGUCAAUGUAUAUCGCGUGUAUUUAUUUGGGAAGUACUUGAAGAUAUAUGUGAUCUGAAAAACGUCGGCAUUAUACCAUUACAAGAAAAUGUAUGUGUGCGUGAGUGUGUGUUACGCCACAUCAUAUAUUACGGCGUAAAUAUUGUAUUAUUUAUUUGAAAAAUAUUUAUUUUGAUAUAAAUGCGUAUACACAACAAACAUACGUGCAAGUUUCUUACAACUGACGAUUAUAUCCAAUAUAGAAAUAUAUAAUAUAUAGUAUUACA